GACCUUGCUACCUAGCUAGCGUCCUUCACAGUAACUGGUCUGUAGUGAACUCUUUGUUUGACUGGAUGCUAUGCGACUUCCGCAAUUAUAUAGGUCAUGAAUUCCCGGAAUUGAUGGACUUGAAUUUCUUAUAUGCAGGUAGAGAACAAACAUGAAUUCAUCACUUAGCCAUAAUAUUAAGACACUAGUCAUGUUUGAUACAGAGACAACUGGAUUACAAAGUCCUGGCAACAAUCCCAGAAUUACGGAGCUCUGUUUUGUAGCCUUACAGAAAGAUGAACUUCUUAGUAAAUGUCGUGAAAUCAGAGUGAUGAACAAACUUCUUCUUUGUUUCAACCCUUUUAAAAGGUUAAGUAAGGGUUGCAUUGAAAUUACAGGCCUAUGUAAUGAUGCUUUAGAAGCUUAUCCUUCAUUCAAAACACAAGCCAAUUUGAUCUGUUCAUUUCUGAAAACAUUGCCGCGGCCUGCAUGUCUUGUAGCUCACAAUGGAGCCAGAUUUGAUUUCCCCCUCUUAGUGUCACACCUUAAAAAUUCUAAUGAAGAAAUACCCUCGGAUAUACUGUGUGUUGAUAGCUUGGAAGCAUUAAGAGAGUUGGAUGGUCUUCCACGUGUCCCAGAUUUUGUUUUAAAUAGAAAGUCUUAUAACUGUACACAGAAAAGCAACAAUGCUGCAACUUCUGUUCAAACUAUAGAAGGUACAUUUACCCCCAAUGAUUUACUUAGUAGUGCAUCCAUUGACCAAAGUCCGAGUGAUGAGGUGACACCUAGGAAACAGCCAAAGCUGUCGGUAGAUGAAGUUAGUGAGUGGAGAAGAGAGGAGACAACUCCAAAUACUAAAACACAUACUGAUUUUCCUGUUGUUGAACAAAACAUAAGACGUACUUUGUUUACUGAUCCUGAAGACCCAUCUUGCACUAAAAAUGAAAUUAUGAAUGGAGCGCUUCAAUCAGCUGAGAAAUUAAAAUGCAGUUGCCUUAGAGUUUGUCAGUGUGAUGGUAAAGAUAAGCUUAACCCCAAACCUGUUACCACCACUUCAGUUAAUGGAAAAGGCAGCAUUCAAAGUUCCUAUUCACUGAUCAACAUAUACAGACGCUUGUUUGGUCAAGCUCCAGAAAAAAGUCAUUCAGCUGAAGGUGACUGCUUAAUUUUGUUGGACAUUCUUCGCACAAAUGCUAAGGAAUUUUGUGAUUGGUGCAAUAGGAAUGCUGUUUCUUUGUUAUCUGUUGAGCGCAUGUAUUAAAUUCUCUUGUUUUUAUUUCAUUAGUUAUUGUUAAGCAAAGUUAUGAUAUCUAAAUCAACUCAUAAUUCAACUCAUGGCAAUGUGAAUGAAAUAUUUUUUUUUUACAAUUUGUUAGGGUUUUUUUUUCCCAUUAAAAAAAUAUUUUAGAUGCUUUCUAGACCUUAAGUGCAUUUGGGAAAAUCCAAUAACCUAACAAUGUUUUUAAACUGGAGUAACAAUGAUCUUGGUAACUUUCUUUGUCUUUAAAUUUUGUGAAUUAAUUUUCUCAGACAAACAAAUGUACCAGUUAGACUCAAACAUGAUUCCUCUCUCCUUAAUUUUCAUGAUAGACCAUUGAAAUAAAAUGUGGAGUGUUUCCAUUGCACUCCUUUUAAAUUUUUAGAUUCCAUAUUAUGUGAUUGAUAUAUUUCUGGUGUUAGGGGUGGUCUCAGUGAUUGUUUUACACUAUGAAAAAUGUGUAACAAAUGUUGAAUUUCUGAAAUUGUUAUAAUUAAUCUUCCAUGUGAUAAAGUUUUUAAAUAUUUUCUAGAACAUUCUCUAAUUUUACCACUUUUAUACAGAAGCUAUAUUUUUUUGCUUAAAUGCCUCAUAGAGAAAUGUAAUCAUGCAUUUUAGCAGUCUGCUGAGAUAGAAAGCAUAUUUACUUCCCUUUAUGGCAUAUAUGUCAAGAUUGUAUGAAAUUGAAUAUUUUUAUUGUCUACAAGGCAUUACAAAUUCAACCAUUAGAGAUAAUUAACAAUGAAAAAUGUCCUUCAUUUCCAUUAAAAGUUUAAGCUUGUGGAUCCUUCUCAUCAAGCAGCAUGUUUCUUACCUUUUGAAAUACAGAAGUAUUAGAAGUGACUUCAAUUAAUUCUUUGAUGUCCCAGUAACACUAUUUAUUAUAUUUUGACUUUAUGAUAUUCAAACUUCAUUAAAAAAUCUGCUUUAAGUCUAUGUCAAUGUACAUUUCAUCUGAUGCUUACAAGUAUUGUAUUUUGAGUAGAGCCCUAAUGUCAUUGGAGUAUAUUGUGUCAUUUGAUAUUUAUUUACAAUAUAGCACUGUUAGUAUACAAGUGUUGCAUUUAAUACGAUUUACAUGGUAUUUACUUUACAAAUAUUGGUUUCAAAAUAUUUACUUAGACUAUUAUGAGUCUACUGUUCAUAGAUAUUGGUUGAUAAAUUGUUUAUACAAUCAAAAUUGCCUAAUUAUUUCACUGUUAUAUAAUUCUUCUUAAUACAUUUUUAAUUGAAAAGAUUCAAAGCUCAUGUAUUACAUAUUUUAUUGAAUAGAUAGUCAUGCAUGUUAUAUCAUCUUUUUAUACAAAUCAGAUACUAUUUCUUUUCAACAAUAGCUGGUUAUUUUUGACUGUUUUAAGAAUUUUUUUUUGUAAGUUUGAUCAUAGUAAGUUUUUUUUUUAUUUCUUAUAAUUAGCAAAAUAAUUUUUACGCUAUAUUUGAUAUUGUCUUUUAAUUGGGCUACUGUACCAUUUAUACACAUAAAUUAUAUGUAAAUGCAUAUAUAUUAUGAAUAUCUUUAAAAUUUACUACACUUUAUACUCUCAUACAUUCGCUUCUGUUCUGUUACUGGACAUACAAUGUCUGGACUGCAUUAUAAUUUAUAAUAUCUUCGAUAUGUUAUGUUUUUACUAAAUGAUAGUUAAUCCCAUCAAAAUUAUUGAAGAAUAAAGUAAAUUAUUAAUUAUUUGAA